AUGGCGCGAAUGACAAUUGCGGACUUGGGUUAUACUCCCGGCCAGCUUCCUAGUGGACCAAAGAAUUCAAUUCUCGAUGUUCCUGGGGUUCAUGUUGGCCAAGUCACAGUCGGAAAGGAUGGCGACGAUGUUCUCAAAGGUGUUACGGUCAUUCUACCACGACCAUAUGAAGAAAUGAAUAUUCCAUGCUAUGCCGGUCUUCAUACAUUGAAUGGGAAUGGAGAAUUGAGUGGCUCAUUCCAAGUUCGAGAUUGGGGAUUUACCAAUCAACCGUUAGCACUCACAAACUCUUUGAGUUUUGGGGUAGUUUUCCAAACAAUGUGGGAAUGGAGUCUCAAACGCUCUGAAGCUUUGGGUAUAGACGUUGUUGAGAUGAGCCACAACUAUGGAACUCCUGUUGUCGCAGAAACCUCGGAUUGGUGGUUAAAUGAUAUUGGAACAUCAGCACUCGAGCCUAAAGACGUUCAUGAAGCUUUUGAAGCAGCUUUAACACAAACCGAGGUUCUAGAAGGCCAGAACGGAGGAGGAGCAAGUAUGACAUGUCACAUGUUUCCGGGAGGAACUGGUACUAGUUCGAGAGUUGUUGAGGGCGAUGCUGGAAAGAAGUACACCGUUGGUGUUUUGGUGCAGAGUAAUUAUGGUCAUAACUAUGAUCUUCAAAUUGCUGGUGUUCCAAUUGGGAAGUUGAUGCUAAAGGAGGGAACCAUUUUUACUCCAGGUAGCCGAGGAGAGUCAGAAUCGACGCCGGAUGGAAAAGCAGACGAUGGUAGCAUUGUUGUCAUGCUGAUUACCGACGCUCCAAUGCUUCCUCAUCAACUCAAUCGACUGGCUCGUCACUGCGCCGUCGGACUCGCUCAGGUUGGUGGCCACGGAGUUGGACGAAAUUUCUCUGGAGAUAUCAUUCUUGCCUUGUCGACGGGGAACAAACCCACCGAGCGGGUCAUAAAACCUCAAGUACUGGGUAUUGCGCCAGUAGAAACCAACGACAUCGAGAUCAUCAAGAAUGAAAGCAUAGACACCAUGUUUCGAGCAGCGAGCGAAGUAACUGAAGAAGCAAUUCUGAACUCAAUGAUUGCAGGAAGAGAAGGAAGGACUGGGAACAAAGGUGUCAAAUUACCAGGACUUCCGGUUGAUAGAGUCAAGGAGUUGCUGAAAAAGUACAGAGUUAUCGUUUGA